CUGCAGCUGCUGUUUGCCGUGUUUGCAGUCGGGUUCCGCUUAGUCAUGCUGCUUCCCAUCGGCAUCUCGGCAUCACACACUACGACUCCAUCGUCCCCCAACUGAAGAAUGGCGAGUUGGGAACAGCCAAGACGACGCCUGGGUCAACUGCUAUGCUGAACCUCCCGCAAGCUGACCUAAAAUAGUAAGCAGUGUCUGUGACGACUAUGGCAACAACGACCGACUUGGUUCUGCCAUUGCGACUUCCUCAAUGGUUGUUGCAACAACGAGACUUAGGAAAUGGCAAUCUUUGGUGAGCUCAGGCCGUCUGCCCGAGGUUUCGAUUUUCAAUUCACUCUCACCUUCACCCCGCCGACCAAUGAGUCUUUCCUCAGCGUUACAAAUUCUCGCUGUCAGCUUUUUCAAUAUCCGCCCACCUCCCCUAAACUCUAUCCGAGAUGGAGUAUAAGACCCCCGUUCCACCACAAGCCAGCUAUGGGGAACCCGCGAGUAAUCAGCAGGCCCAAUUUGCGAUCGAGCCUUGCGCUGCUAUACUCCGCCAUGAUGGUAAUGUCCGGUCAGGCAUGUUUCAUCUACUCAAAUGCGGCCAUAUCGUCGCUAUUGAUGGAGGGGAUACACGCUGCGGCAUCAAUUGUCAAGAGACCGCCAACAGCGCCCAAAGCUCUACCUUUCUGACGACCCGAGACCUCCUGUAUUUGCCCGAGGUGCAGCGCCCUGAUUUCCUUUACUGCGAGGUUUGUCAAGGCAUACCUUGGGACAACUACAGAAGAAUGCAACCACCUUCCGACGACCUCCCACGUAGUACCAUACCCAUGCCCCGGCGCUGUAUCGGUCUUACACGUGGGGAGAUAGUAGCGGCUAUUCGAGUUCCGCACGUUGGCGUUGGGGCCUUGUUGGCUAGCCCAUUCCCUAGUUCCAACUGCUACGCACACAAUCUGUGCUGUGGCCACAGGGUCUGGUGCGCAUAUUCACGAAACUGUGCUCGCAAUUGCAACGAUGACUGGCCUUGUAACGAAGAUGGCGUUCGACGCCUCUUGAUGAAGCAGGCUGACAUCAUUUUUUGUGAGGAAUGCGUCUUCAGAGCAGAACGGGUCCAUGCGAAGUGGGAGGCGGCGGCGGCGGCGGCGAUGGGAGCGUCGUUGGAUCUCACGUUAGGUCAUCAACCGCAUGGUUGAGACGACUUGUAGCCUGAAGUUCUUACGGUAAAGUAAAUUUUCAUCACAUUGCCCAGCGGCUCCCGAGCUUUCAUGUCAUGAAUUUCUCCAGA